CUCAACUCGGAGGGAGGCGGUAAUUCCGGCUCCCAUAUCCGGCGCUCUGGCCCACAAAGACGCUACUCUAUGGCAUCUAGCGUCCCCUCUGCCUGCCUUCUGGAGGACCACACUCGUUUUCUUCUUGGCAGCGAGAGGUCCCGCAGCCGUGGCUGAGCUGGAAGAAAGAUGGCGGCUGCCGUGCGACAGGAUUUGGCCCAGCUCAUGAAUUCAAGCGGCUCUCACAAAGAUCUGGCGGGCAAAUAUCGUCAGAUUCUGGAAAAAGCCAUUCAGUUAUCUGGGACAGAACAACUAGAAGCAUUGAAAGCUUUUGUGGAAGCGAUGGUGAAUGAGAACGUCAGCCUUGUGAUCUCACGGCAACUGCUAACAGAUUUCUGUACACACCUCCCCAGCCUGCCGGACAGCACAGCCAAGGAGGUCUACCAUUUCACCUUGGAGAAGAUCCAGCCUCGGGUCAUUUCCUUCGAAGAACAGGUUGCUUCCAUAAGACAGCAUCUUGCAUCUAUUUAUGAGAAGGAAGAAGACUGGAGAAAUGCAGCCCAAGUGUUGGUGGGGAUUCCUCUGGAAACAGGACAAAAACAGUACAACGUAGAUUAUAAGCUGGAGACUUACCUGAAGAUCGCAAGGCUAUACCUGGAGGAUGAUGAUCCUGUCCAGGCUGAAGCUUACAUAAACCGAGCAUCCUUACUUCAGAAUGAGUCCACAAAUGAACAGUUACAGAUACACUAUAAGGUUUGCUAUGCACGUGUUCUUGAUUACAGAAGGAAAUUCAUUGAAGCUGCCCAAAGGUACAAUGAGCUCUCUUACAAGACAAUAGUCCAUGAAAGUGAAAGACUAGAGGCCUUAAAGCAUGCGCUACACUGCACCAUCUUAGCAUCGGCAGGACAGCAGCGCUCCCGGAUGCUGGCUACUCUGUUUAAGGAUGAAAGGUGCCAGCAGCUGGCUGCGUAUGGAAUCCUAGAGAAGAUGUACCUGGACAGGAUCAUCAGGGGGAGCCAGCUCCAAGAAUUUGCUGCAAUGCUGACGCCUCACCAAAAAGCAACGACGGCUGAUGGUUCCAGCAUCUUGGACAGAGCUGUUAUUGAGCAUAAUUUGUUGUCAGCAAGCAAAUUAUAUAACAACAUUACCUUUGAAGAACUUGGAGCUCUUUUAGAGAUCCCUGCAGCUAAGGCAGAAAAGAUAGCAUCUCAGAUGAUAACGGAAGGACGCAUGAAUGGGUUUAUUGACCAGAUCGAUGGAAUAGUUCAUUUUGAAACACGAGAAGCCCUGCCGACAUGGGAUAAGCAGAUUCAAUCACUUUGUUUCCAAGUAAAUAAUCUUCUGGAGAAAAUUAGUCAGACAGCCCCAGAGUGGACAGCACAAGCCAUGGAGGCGCAGAUGGCCCAGUGAGUCCUCAGAGCUCUGUGCACACUGCGUCUCUCCAUCUGCGGAUUAAUUCACUGCCCCUCAAAGCAUCUGCAUCAUGACCUUAGACAUUUCAGUCCUUUUUUGCCGGAUCCCACUUGAAGAAGAUGCUAGAGCAAGAAGUGCAGCAUUUAAACAUAGUAGCUCCCAUGUAAUCUGGGUCUGUGUAUUGAAGUCACUCAGACGUUUUGAAAACUUGGUUCUUUAAGUGCAAGUGAAAGACCUGAAGUUUGGGAUUUGCGAUCACUUUGUAGUCAUGUAAAACGGAAAUGCUUUGUGCCUCUCCAAACGUGGUCACUCUAAUAAAUGGAGCAAUGAGCCAAAUAAAGGUAGUGCUUUGUUUUUAAUUA